AUUUCCAAUAAUUGCCAUGAUGUGACCACGUAUAUUCACGCUACACGGCUGACCUGCCCUCGUCCAAGGACAAGUGCAUGAAGCAGAAAAAUCAGACGUAGGUCGCGUGUUUAAGCCCCGGCCGGGCUAACAAGAAAUAACUGAAGAGAAAGUGCUGCCUUUGAAGACUUCUUCAUGGUUACAUUUGCAAAUGCUUUUUUCGACGUCGAAAACAUGAAGAAUGUGUUGAUGUUUGUACCAAAAUGCUUCAAAAGAACCCUUACGACCAGUCUGCCUGGUGUCUGAAAACAAGAGCUCUGACAGAGCAAGUUUACGUAGACGAAGUCGAUGUGGACGAAGAGGGAAUAGCAGAGAUGUUGAUGGAUGACAAUGCUGUUGCCCAGUUACCGAGGCCAGGAACGUCAUUGAAGAAGCCAGGCACAGGUGCUGGAGGAGGUCCAACGCCAGGUGUUAGACCCAUGUCUCAAGCAGGUCGGCCAGUUAGUGGAUUUGUCAGACCUGGAACACAAAGUGGACGUCCAGGAACAAUGGAACAAGCUAUACGCACACCAAGGACAGCACAAACUGCAAGGCCUGUGACAAGUGCUUCUGGUCGAUAUGUCAGGCUUGGAACUGCAUCCAUGUUGGCUCAACCUGAUGGUCCUUUUAUCAAUAUCUCUAAACUGAACCUGUCCAAGUAUGCACAGAGACCUAAUCUGGCUAAGCCUCUGUUUGAGUAUAUAUUUCACCAUGAAAAUGAUGUUAGGAAUGCUUUAGAACUUGCAUCCAGAGCAACAGAAGAAGCACAGUUCAAAGACUGGUGGUGGAAAGUACAACUGGCCAAAUGUUAUUAUCGACUAGGUAUGUACAGGGAUUCUGAAAAACAACUCAAGUCAGCUCUAAGAGACACCGAAACAGUAGACACAUAUCUGUACCUUGGUAAAGUAUACAGGAGAUUAGACCAGCCACUGACAGCUAUUGAAACCUAUAAAAAGGGACUUGAAAAGUUUUCAGGAGAAACGACCCUCAUGACUGGGAUAGCAAGAAUCCAUGAAGAGUUAUAUGAUAUGAAUAAUGCAGUCAAGCUGUACAAAGAAGUACUUCACUAUGACAACACGCAUGUAGAAGCCAUUGCAUGUAUCGCAACUAAUCAUUUUUACACCGACCAACCCGAGAUUGCCUUGAGAUUCUACAGACGAUUACUCCAGAUGGGCGUCUAUAAUUCAGAGUUGUUCAAUAACCUGGGUCUGUGUUGCUUCUACGCUCAGCAGUAUGACAUGACUUUGAACUGUUUCGAGCGAGCACUAGCUCUAGCUUCAGAUGAGACAAUGCCUGAUGUGUGGUAUAACAUAGGCCAUGUUGCCUUGGGUAUUGGUGACAUGGCAUUAGCCUACCAGUGCUUUAGAUUAGCCUUGGCGUCACAGAACGACCAUGCAGAGGCUUACAACAACCUUGGAGUAUUAGAAAUGAGGAAGGGACAUAAUGAUCAGGCAAGAGCGUUUUUACAAGCAGCAGCUUCGCUUUCUUCUGUCAUGUACGAACCACACUACAACCACGCCCUCCUGUCAUUCAAGAUUGGUGACCUGCAGAGUAGCUAUAGCUCGGCCAACAAGGCAAUGGAAGGGUACCCCGAUCAUUCAGACAGCCAACAAUUGCUGAAACAAUUGAAAGAAGACUUUUCUGCUUUGUGAUUUGUCAGGUCAUUCUAAGGUCAUUGGGAUAGAUGCGCGUACAACAGGUAGCCCGUACAAAAAAUUCAAAAAAAUCGUUGUGGAAGUAAUAGGAGUGCAUGGUAUUCAUAAAAGUUCUGUUUGGCUUAAAUUGGUAAUAAACAAAUUUAGACAAGAGACGAUUAGCACGAGGUUUACUGCUAACCACUAGGGAUCAGACCCAGAAACACGCCCGCAAAGACGUACACUCUGCAUCAAUAAAAUGCAUUAAGCCGGCCUCGAAUAUAACAGUACGCAUCAUAUUUGCUGAAUCUAAACAGUAUUGCAGCCUACAAAUCAACUUUCCUGUAAAUACCUUUGUCAGAAAGCAUUGUCUAUAAUAUAAAUAAUGGAUCCAAA